CGCGCUCCCUUCCCGGGCGGGGAAUCCGGGCCGGGUUGUGGCCGCGGCCGCGUACGUGAGCGCCGGGCCGGGGAGGGAGGGCCGGCCGGCCAGGUGGGCGCGAAGCAGGCGCUGGGCCGCGGCCGCAGCAGCCCCGAGCCAGGCGGCGCCGAGCUGUCGGGGCGGGAGCUGCCCGGGCGAGGAACGGCAGGAGCAUGGCCAGCGCGCUGUCCCGGCGUCUGGGCAAACGGUCCCUGCUGGGCGCCCGGGUGCUGGGCCCCCUUGGAGUUGCACCCUCCCUGGAGCCACAGGUCGAAGUGCCGGAGGAGGCAGCCACCACCAAGGACGCGCCCUGCCCCGAGCAGCCCCAGGAGGCCCUGCAGGCUGCCAGCCCUGCAGGGCUGCCCUCGACGGCCUUCCAGCCUGGGCAGAAGGUGGCUGUGUGGCACGGGGCCCCAGGGCUGCCGGAGCACAGCUGGGCAGAGGAGCCAGUGACCGCAGGUCUGCCGGAGCGGAGGCCGCUGGGGCGUGGCCGUGCCCAGGAGGUGCGGGCAGCUGAGGCACAGGCCCCCCUGGAGCCGAGCCCCCAGACCCCCGUCUACAGACCCGUGUCCAGGAACAUCGACGUCCCAAAGAGGAAGUCGGACGCAGUGGAGAUGGACGAGAUGAUGGCGGCCAUGGUGCUGACCUCCCUGUCCUGCAGCCCCGUGCUGCAGAGCCCCCCGGGCGCCGAGGCCAGCUUCUCAGUGUCCCGCGCGGCCUGCGACCCGUGGAAGGAGAGCGGAGACGUGUCGGACAGCGGCAGCAGCACCACCAGCGGGCACUGGAGUGGGAGCGGCAUCUCCACCCCGUCGCCCCCGCACCCCCAGGCCAGCCCCAAGUAUCUGGGCGACGCCUUUGGCUCGCCCCAGACCGACGCCGGCUUCGAGACCGACCCCGACGCGUUCCUGCUGGACGAACCGGCUCCCCGCAAGCGGAAGAACUCCGUCAAGGUCAUGUACAAGUGCCUGUGGCCCAGCUGCGGGAAGGUCCUGCGCUCGACCGUGGGCAUCAAGAGACACGUGAGGACCCUCCACCUGGGGGACACCGCGGGCUCCGACCAAUUCAAACGGGAGGAGGAUUUCUACUACACCGAGGUGCAGGCGAGGGAGGGGGCGGCCGAGCCCGUGCCCGCCCCUGGUGCAGCCAAUGCCCCCCUCGCCCUGCUGCCCCCACCCGCGCCACCCUCGGGGCCUGAGCAGGGCAGCCCGGAGGCCCGCCCGCCUGCCCGCGCACUCAGCAAGUCGGCGCCUGGCUCCUUCUGGCACAUUCAGGCCGACCACGCCUACCAGGCCGUGCCGUCUUUCCAGAUGCCCGUGUCCCCGCACAUCUACACCAGCGUCAGCUGGGCCGCCCCGUCCACGGCUGCCUCCCUCUCUCCGGGCCGGAGCCGCUCGCUUAGCUUCAGUGAGCCACAGCCGCCGCCUCCUGCCGUGAAGUCUCACCUGAUUGUCACUUCUCCACCCCGGACCCAGAGCAGUGCCAGGAAAGGCCGUGGCGAGGCCAAGAAGUGCCGCAAGGUAUACGGCGUGGAGCAGCGGGCGCAGUGGUGCACGGCCUGCCGCUGGAAGAAGGCGUGCCAGCGCUUCCUGGACUGAAGCCGAGAGCAGGAGUGGACUGGGGC